UCCACCUUCAGGAUGGGCGAAUCGGCCUCCCGGCUGCCCCUCGAGGGAGAAGCGCUCCCCGGCAGGAGCCAGCGCGUCCCGGUGGCAGAGCUGCACAUCCAGCUGUCAAACGCUGCUCCCAAGACAACACCGCCCCAAUGAAAAAAAACCUUGCGCUUCCUUAUCACCUCUAACUACACCACAGCAUGAAGGACUACGUCAUUCAUCAGUAAGCCCUCUCCAAAAAAAAGGGAAGAAAAAUAAAAAAAAAAAUCAAAGAAUCCCUUGCCGAAUCCCCGGAGCUCCUCACCGGCUACUUAGCAUGCUUCUCACGGGCGGCCGUGCGUCGACACGAAGCGGCGCCGCACAAAGCGGCACCCCCAGGACUGCGCCGGGGCUGGUGCGCAGGAAGCUCUCCCCGGGGUUUCUCCUGGCAACAGCGCGGGUUGCUGGGAGACAGAAUUACUGAAAUGGGAGAAACUUUCCCCAACUGGCAGCCUCUUGAAUGCAAAUCAGGCUUGAAGGAGACUCCUCUUGCCGACAACCGCAAUUUCCCUCGCUGAAAUGAAAAAUGAAUCCAGAGAUAAACAUCAUGUCAAUGGAAACAGAAUGGUAGAACCUUUCCCAGAGGGAACACAGAUGGCUAUAUUUGGUAUGGGCUGUUUCUGGGGAGCUGAGAGGAAGUUUUGGAGACAGAAGGGAGUCUACUCCACUCAAGUGGGUUAUGCAGGAGGGUAUACUCCGAAUCCUACCUACAAAGAGGUCUGUUCAGGUAAAACUGGUCACACAGAGGCUGUACGAGUAGUAUAUCAGCCAGAAAACAUCAGCUUUGAGAAACUGCUCAAGGUCUUCUGGGAGAAUCAUGACCCGACACAAGGAAUGCGACAAGGUAAUGACUUUGGCACACAGUAUCGCUCGGCCAUCUACACAUUUUCUCAAGAACAGAUGGAAGCUGCCUUGAAAUCUAAGGAAGAAUAUCAAAAGGUAUUGACAGAGAGCGGUUUUGGGGCCAUCACAACAGAAAUCCGCGAGGCUCCGGAGUUUUAUUACGCCGAAGAUUACCAUCAGCAGUACCUCAGCAAGAACCCUGACGGAUACUGUGGCCUCGGGGGAACGGGGAUUUCCUGCCCGAUCGGGAUCAAGAAAUAGCCUCUGCUCAUACCACCGCCUCCACUUUGUUCUAGAGGGUUGUUUGGGAAAGGUCUGACAGCCCCGAUAUGUCUUCCAGUACGCCCACAGCAUCAGUGCAUAAAGAUUUGGGAACCCUGAUGGAGGGUGGCUUUCUGUAAUCUGAGCAGCUUCCAAUUCACUGGCAUUAAAAGCCAAAGCAGAGUCAGAAAUUGCACCUGUUGGCAAACACAGCUCCUUGCUCUGUGCAGUUCCCUGGGUUUCCCUGCAGUCUUGUAAUCUGGAGAGGAAAUAAACUUUUAAAAGUUUGGCUUGAAAUUCUGCUAAAGAGAUGAAUUAGGGGGUGGCUGCACCUGUUAACCACUUUGCAUAGCUACUGCUUAUAGACAUCCUUAUUUUCUUGCGUUAAUGAAUUUGCUCAUGCUGGAGCUUAGACUUCUGGAGACAUGGUUGGGCUCGUCUUUAACUAUCACAACCCCGUAGCUUGAUGUCUUUGAGAAUGGUAAAUUGAUAAGAUCCAUAAUUCUCUUACAAUUCCACUUUCACAGCAACAUGUAAUAUCACCUAUAGUGCCUAUUUUGGGGAGCAAUUUUAGUACAAAAAGAAAAAAAAAAGGUAAAAACUAUAAUGUGAUACUUCUUUUUUUGACAGUUCCAAAAAUGUAUAAACACAAAAAGAAAUCAAUUUUGUUUCCUGCACUACAAUAAAUUACAAAGAAAGGAGAGAAAAA